AUGAAUUACGAGCAUAUUCAAAAUUUAUCCGAUGACAUAUCGAAUUUACGCAAGGAUACCAGCAAUUGCGAUGUAAAAAUUAAAGUUGGGGAAGGACCAAAUUCUAAAGAAUUUAUGGCACAUUCUCUUAUCUUGUCCUCUAGAUCAGUUUAUUUUAAAAAGGCAUUUUCCGAACAAUGGGCAAGAAAAGAAGAUGAAUUUUUUAUUUCCAAUCAACCUAAUAUUUCUCCUACAGUGUUUGAAAUUCUUAUAAAUCAUAUUUAUUCAGGAACAUUUUCUGUUGAUAAUAACGAAAUUAGUCUUGUUGAUAUUUUAAUUGCAUCUGAUGAGCUUGAAUUACUUGAAAUUUAUCGACAACUCGAAAAACGUUUGCUUGAAAAUGAAUCGGCUUGGAAACUUCCAAGAGAUUUUAUUACAUUAUGUAAACACGAUCAUUUAACUAAAUUAUAUCAAGUUGCGAUAGAAUUAGUGUGUAAGAAUCCUAAAUUUAUUUUUAAAUCAAAAGAAUUUUUAAAUAUGGAAGAAGAACAUCUAAUCCAGAUUUUGAAACGUGAUGAACUUAAGCUAGAAGAAAUUGAAAUUUGGGAUUAUUUAAUUGAAUGGGGAAUAGAAAACACCGAUUCUAUUUCGAACGAUGAUUUAACUGAAUGGUCACCAAUGUAUUUCAAGGAACUAGAAAAAACUUUGCAUAAUUGUAUUCCUCAUAUUCGAUUUUCCCAAAUGUUUCCUAAAGAAUUUAAUGAACUAAGAAAAAAUUAUAAAAAUAUUUUACCAGAAGAUCUUGUUGAUGAUGUCCUACAAUAUUUUUCAGAUCCUAAUUCCAAACCUUUAUUAAAAAAUUUACCAUUAAGAUUAACAGUAUACCCUUUUGACUCAAAAAUAAUUAAUGCUAAAGACGCAGCAAUAAUAGCAAGCUGGAUUGAUAAGAAAAAAGAAAUGCCUUAUCGUUUAAAAGAUAUUCCUUUUAAAUUUAAGCUUAUUUAUCGUUCUAGUUGGGAAGGAUUUAACGCUAAUAAAUUUCAUGAAUAUUGUGAUAAUAAGGGACCAACUGUUAUUAUCAUUAAAGUUCGAAAUUCGGGAGAGAUAAUUGGUGGCUAUAAUCCGUUAGAUUGGCGUAGUAUUAAGACAGUAAAAGAUAAAAAAAGUAAAAGAGUAACAUCUAAACCUUAUAUUGAUCAUAAAUGUAAAACAUCAAAUAGUUUUAUAUUUUCAUUUCACUUCUAAAAAAGAAGCAAUCAUCU